GGCCACUCGCCUCGACCAAGCCGCCUCGUCCAGGCGCCACGAUGAGCGCAAUGGAGCCGCUCAUGCACAUCCUGACCGACGGCAACACCGGCCUGCCGCCCGACCAGAUGUACAAGUACCAAGGCCCAUGGUUCUCGACCCAGCUCGUCCUGUCGCUCGGCGUCGGCAUCACCAGCUUCUUCGUCUUUUGCUGGAUUCGGCGGUACGAGAAGUUCAAGGUCCUGUACGCCCCGAGGACGAUGCUCAAAGGUUUCUCGCCGCACGAGGUGCACGACCACGAGUCGUUCUUCGGGUGGGUCAUGCCGACCUUGCGCACGAGCGAGUUUGUCGUCCUGCAGCUCGUCGGGCUCGACGCCGCAGUGCUCCUGUCGUUCCUCCGCACCGGGUUCUACUUCUUCUUGACGUGCUCCAUCCUCGCCUGGACCGUCCUCGUCCCGAUCAACUACCACGAGAACGGCACGACCGAGGGCGUCGCGCCCGACCUCAACUCGACCCUGUCGUCGCUCGUCCCGUCGGCCGUCUCGUUCACGACCUCAACCCUCCUCAAGCCGCGCAAGCACACGUCGCUCGUCUACGUCAGCUCGCACCUCCUGUUCACCUACCUGUUCACGAUCCUCGCUCUCCUGUUCCUCCACCGCAACUGGCGCCGGUACAUCCCGCUCCGCCAGCUCUUCUCGCUCGAGUUGGCCCAGUCGGUCCCGGCCCGCACCGUCAUGGUCACGUCUCUCCCGCCGCACCUGCGGUCCGAGCGCGCCCUCGCCGACUACUUCGAGGGCCUGCAGCUCGGCCCGGCGUCCACCUCGUCGAGCUCGCGCGGCGGCGGCGGCCUCGCCGUCGAGAGCGUCGUCGUCACGCGCGCGACGGGCAGCAUGCGCGAGCUCCUCGAGCGACGCACACGUGCGCUCGUCACACUCGAGCAGGCGUGGGCCAAGUACCUCGGCAACCCGGACGACGAGGAGGAGACGGACGGUGCCCGUCGAGACGCCGACGACGACCUCGAGGCGCGCCUCCUCUCGCCCUCGCGCCCGACCAUCGUCAACCCGGCGCGCAAGCGCCCGACCCUGCGCCCGCACUGGUUCGCCAAGAAGGUCGACGCGCUCGACCACUACGCCGAGCAGUUCCGGCGCGCCGACGAGGCCGUGCGCAAGCGCCGCCGCGGCAAGUUUCGCCCGACCGGCGUCGCGUUCGUCACGUUCCAGACGAUCGCGGCGGCGCAGGUGGCGGCGCAGGUCGUGCACUACCCGUCGGCGGCAGAGUUCCGCACCGAGCUGGCGCCCGAGCCUCGCGACAUCCACUGGUUCAACCUCAACCUCUCGGCGUCGUCCGUCUUCGUCCGCCAGGUCCUCGUCGUCGUCACGCUCCUCGGCCUCCUGUCGGUGUGGGCCAUCCCGGUCGCAGCCCUCACGCAGCUCCUCAGCUGGGACACGAUCCAGAGCAUCGCGCCUCGCUUUGCCGACCUCCUCGAGAAAUCCCCUCGACUCGCCGGCUUCGUCCAGACGACGCUGCCCUCGCUCGGCAUGGUCGCGUUCAACAACAUCUUGCCCAUGUUCCUCGAGGCGCUCUCGGUCUGGCAGGGCCUGCCGGCGCGCAGCUGGAUCGAGUUGAGCCAGCUCAAGAAGUACCACAUCUCGCUCCUCUUCACGACCCUCUUCGUCUUUCAGAUCACGACCUCGACCUACACGCUCCUGAAGGACAUCAGCGAAUCGCCCGCAAAGGUCCUCGACAAGCUCGCCGACACGCUCCCCAAGUCCCGCUACUUCUUCGUGUCCUACGUCAUGCUGUCGGGACUUGCGUUCAUGCCGCUGCAGCUCCUGGAGCUCGGGACGGUCAUUCCGCGUGUCUUCUCGCAGGUCUUCCUCACCAAGACUCCUCGAGACCACGCCGAGCUCAACGCGCCGGCGAUGGUGAACCUCGGCGUCGUCUACCCUCAGGCCCUCCUCAUCUGGACGAUGGGCAUGACCUACUCGAUCAUCGUUCCCCUCAUCCUCCCGUUCGCGACACUCUACUUUGGCCUCGCCUACCUUGUCUACAAGUACCGCUUCCUCUUUGUCUUCUAUCGGCCGUACGAGAGCCGAGGCCAGGCUUGGCCGUUGGCGUUCAACCGGGUCGGCUUCGGCGUCCUCCUCUUCCAGGUCUUUAUGCUCGGCCUCUUUACGGUCGGCAAGGACUUUCUCCUCGUCGUCCUCAUGAUCCCGCUCCUCGCCGGCACCGCCUACACGAUCUGGCGCCUCGGCGCGACGUACGCCCCACUCGCACGCUACGUCAACCUGUCGCAGGCGUGCGAGUCGGGCCAGGGCACCGGCGCCGAGGACGUCGUCAAGCUCCGCCAAGGGCACCCGGUCACGGCGGGGCAGACGCACCUCAACCGGGGCCGGUACGGGCAAAAGGGCGAGGGCGUGUACGCGGUCGCUCAAAACCCGGCCACCGACUAUCGCGAGCCGCCCAUGUCCUCCUUCUACCCGGGCAUCCUCAACACGGGCGGCUCGACUCGCUAUGGCCACCCUGCGCUGUUUGGCGCGCUCCCUCAGCCGUGGCUGCCCGUCGCCGCCGAGACGGUCAAGGACGCGCUCGUCGUCGUCGACCUCCGUCGAGGGUGGCGCAACUUUAAGCGUGCCGCCAAGCGCGGGUUCAGCGGCGCCGGCUCGGGCGAGGACGGCCGCGCGAGGAGCAGGAACGGGAGGGGAAGGGCGACGAGCUGGGGCAGCGGCAGCGAGGAGGACCCGAGUCGUGCGUGGCGGGGCAGCGAGAGCAGCGUCGCGGCGAGUCCGGCGCCGAUGGACGAGGACGAGGAGGAUGAGGACGAGGACGACGAGGUCGACGAGGAGGGACAGCAGACGAUCCGGUACUCAACGUUCUUCCCGCACCGCAAGGGCGUCAGUGCGCGCUUCCCGCCGACGCCGCCCGGCGAGGCGAGUGGGGACGACGAGGCGUGAGGAGGGUCCUGUCGACGUCUCGAGCCCGGCUGCAACGACGUCGAUUCAGCCUU